AUGUAUUAAAUAAUUCUUACUAUUUAUCGAACAGAUGAAAUUUUAAUUCAUUAUGCUGAGAAUGGAAAUAUUCCAAUGGUCUUUUUAUGUGUAGAGAGAGGAUUUGAUUUAAAGUCUUUUGCAUAAUGUGGAAGAUUAUGUUUAAAAGUAAGUAAAGUGUUAGGUGAUAAAUUAGAAGUAAAAAAUUAAAAAAUUGUUCUUAUUGAAGAUUUAAAAUUAGCAGACAACUAAACAGAACUUUAUUUCAUAGGUGAACUAUAUCGUUUAAAUGAAUAAGAUUUUAUAGAAUUCUCAAAAUUAGAAGAUGUAAAAAGAAUACUAAUUGAAUUGUAAAGAUCAAUUAAAAAUAUUAGAUAUAGGAAUUUUUAAUUAAAAGUCUAAAAAAACUCAAUUCCAACAAAUUAGCUUGUAUAAUUAAUUUUAAAAAUAUUUUUCAAGAUAAUAAUUCAAAACAUCAAAAUAUAUGAAUUGUGA